AUGGUCGAUGAAAAUGAAUUCUCAAAAAUCAAGAUUGACGAUGAAAAGCCGAACUCUGACCUCUACGACCUCUGUUUUACUUCGGUCGACCAAUUGGAACCGGAUGAGUGCGCUUCUACAUCUUUUUUCGACCAGGGAGAAAACCGCCCCGCGGAGUACAAUUAUGAACAUGUCGGAGCCACUAGCGUAGCGCCGACCUUUGAGGUGGUCUGCAAAACCUUGGGAUAUGAAUGCAGUGGUCAUGGCAAUUCGAAGGCUGUCGCCAAGAAUAUGGCGGUUCGCAACGUGCUCAAGGCCAUCAUCGAGGCCCCUGACGAGGAUUAUAAACAUUUCUACAUCCCUGGGGAUACGAAGGAGCAGCGCCUCGCAUUCGUCGAAAACCUCUAUAUACGCUCCAAUACAGCCACGCCGAAGUCGCAAGAGUUUCUCAAGGACAACUUUGUGGGCAAGCUACAAGAAUUGUGCAUGAAAAAUAAAUUGGGUGCACCCCAAUACGAUUUUGAACAAAAGGGGCCGUCUCAUGCUCCGACAUUCGUCGCCACUUGUCAAGUAGAUAACCACACUUCCGAAAGUGAUGAAUUCAAAACCAAGAAGGACGCGAAAGCGCAAGCUGCUUUCAAAAUAUAUCAGAUGCUAUCGAAGAGCAUCGCCGACAUGGAACGUGAAUUUGAUAUCUGUUCCGACGACGAGGGCGAUGGCGAGGAGCUGUGCCAGGUUUUCGAGGUCGAUGAUGAUAUGGGGUCGAGCGCCUGCUUCUCGACCGGAGCCAACGAGUCGACGAACCUGAAGGAAGUUCUGGGAAAGAAGAUCCCGGAACAUAACAAGGAUGUGAAGGCCUUCCGAACCCAGCACGGGAGUACCGCCGUGCAGCAGGUCACCGUCGAUAUGAUCUAUGGUGGAAUGCGCUCGAUGAAAGGCAUGGUGACGGAAACCUCGGUGUUGGACCCGGAGGAAGGCAUCCGUUUCCGCGGAUACUCGAUCCCUGAUUGCCAGAAGUUGCUCCCGAAGGCCCCUGGUGGCGAAGAACCGAUCCCGGAAGGCAUUUGGUGGCUCCUCCUCACCGGCGAUGUCCCGAACGCCAAGCAGACUGCUGCCGUCACAAAGGAAUGGAAUACUCGUGCUGAUCUGCCCGCCCACGUUGCCCGUAUGCUUGACAACUUCCCUGACAACCUCCACCCAAUGGCUCAAUUCAUCGCUGCGAUCGCGGCACUGAACAACGAAAGCAAGUUUGCCGCCGCCUAUGCUCGUGGAGUUCCGAAGUCGGCCUACUGGGAGUAUGCGUACGAGGACUCGAUGGACUUGCUCGCCAAGCUGCCCACCGUUGCUGCCAUGAUCUACCGCAAUUUGUACCGCGACGGCUCAUCGGUUGGAGUGAUUGACGCGAAGAAGGACUGGUCGGCCAACUUCUGCUCUAUGCUUGGCUACGAUGACCCAUUGUUUGCCGAACUGAUGCGCUUGUACCUGGUUAUCCACUCUGACCACGAGGGCGGUAACGUGUCUGCCCAUACGUCUCACUUGGUUGGCUCGGCGCUGUCCGACCCGUACCUCUCAUUCUCUGCCGCCAUGUCCGGCCUCGCUGGACCUCUUCACGGAUUGGCCAACCAGGAGGUGCUUGUCUUCUUGAACAAGAUUGUUGGAGAGAUCGGACUCGACCACUCGGAGCAACAGCUGAAGGACUGGGUGUGGAAGCACCUGAAGAGCGGCCAGGUUGUGCCCGGCUACGGACACGCUGUGCUGCGCAAGACCGACCCGCGCUACGAGUGCCAGCGUGAAUUCGCCCUGAAACACCUGCCGAAAGACAAGCUGUUCCGUCUGGUCUCCAACCUCUACAAGGUCACCCCCGACAUCCUCCUGGAGCAAGGAAAGGCGAAGAACCCGUGGCCAAAUGUGGAUGCUCACUCCGGCGUCUUGCUGCAGUACUUCGGCAUGACGGAGAUGUCGUUCUACACCGUCUUGUUCGGCGUCUCGCGCGCCCUUGGAUGUCUUUCGCAGCUGAUCUGGGCUCGCGGCAUGGGACUCCCGCUGGAGCGACCGAAGUCUCACUCGACCGAGGGCCUGAAGAAGCUCGCUGCCGCCGCGUCCAAGAAA